ACCCUGAUAAGAGCAAGAGCAGGUGAUGUCAGCUAAGCGCUCCAGACAGUAAACUCGCGUUGAUGAGGACGUCUGCGAGUAAAAUGUGACAGUGCAGUCACGCAGUUAUCUUUGAAUACAUCUGCUGUGCGCUUUGGAGUAAAGGUAAACUACAACAUCGAUUCUCUGGCGUAAGUUCACUGUAUGAUUUUCGCAAGUGCUGAAUAGGAAUCGACUCUGGGAGGGGUUUUGUCUUAUUCUCUGCUUAACGAGCUCUGUAAUGUCCUGUUAAUUUUGUGUGUACUAGUUAAUGAGCAUUAAUCGGGUACCCCUGGAUGCUAUUGUUCUGGGGAUGGCCAUUUGAAUGCAAAUGGAUGACAUUGUAAAAGCAAGGUGCUUAUUAAACUGGUGCGUGUCCUGGCUUCUCUGGAAUUCAACAGGAGAGGACGGGGCGGCUGGUCGAUGCUCACAACAAGUUCGGUAUCGAUGGCGAGUUCUCUCCCUCUGGAAGCAGUGAUGUCCUGCCCGAGACUAGACGACAGGAGCGGGGCCACGGCGGCACCCAAGUCCCUGGCCUUUUCCAUCGACAGAAUCAUGUCCAAGACUUCGGAACCGAAAGGCGCCACGGAAGAACGCAGAGGACUUGAGGGAUCCGAAGGGAAGAAGACGGUCGGCUUGUGCACCCCUAUUCCCUGCAUGAUCCCAAUACAGCCGUUCAGCUACGACCUGCAGGCCAAGGCUUUGAUGAACUAUUCUGAGUUUUGGAAAGUUAAUUUCAGGGGAGCACUAUGCACUUCAGCGGCGACGUGUAAAGCCAAUUGUGGCGUCUGCAGCAAAAUGGAUUCAGGCAUCAAACACUCUGUAUUGCCGGGAAGCCGGGUUAUCAAACCCCAGGUAAUCCACCAAGCGCUGGCCAUGCCUACCAACGGAUCAUUGUGUUAUCUCAAUUACCUGGACUCUGCUUAUCAUCAGUCCGAGCUACUGAGUGGACAUUUAUUUUCCUCAGCAAUUGCAAACUCUCAAACACAAGCCAUAAGCGUACACCAGAAGCUCAUCUUGCUGGAGAAUGCGAAACUUGCCUGCGUUUCACCCGAGAAAUUCCCCACACCCCAGUACCCACAUAAAGAGCAUCUGCCUGGACAGCUGGACCAGAUUGUGCGGGAGAAUCACAGUUUGACUGAAAAGAAAGCGCAUAGCAAGACGAGUAACUGUUCUUCUGACGGGAAGCCCAAGAACUUCACGUGUGAAGUUUGUGGAAAGGUCUUCAAUGCGCACUAUAACCUCACGCGUCACAUGCCAGUACACACAGGCGCAAGGCCGUUCUUGUGUAAAGUAUGUGGGAAAGGUUUCCGGCAGGCCAGCACAUUGUGUAGACACAAAAUAAUUCACACACAGGAAAAACCUCAUAAAUGUAACCAGUGUGGAAAAGCUUUCAACAGAAGCUCGACUUUAAACACACAUAUACGAAUUCAUGCGGGCUACAAACCAUUCAUCUGUGAAUUUUGUGGAAAGGGCUUUCAUCAAAAAGGUAAUUACAAAAAUCACAAACUGACGCACAGUGGAGAGAAGCAGUACAAAUGCUCAAUCUGUAGCAAAGCCUUCCAUCAGAUCUAUAAUCUCACGUUCCACAUGCACACGCACAACGACAAGAAGCCCUUCACCUGUGGAACCUGCGGGAAAGGCUUCUGUCGGAACUUUGACUUGAAAAAGCACAUUCGGAAAUUGCACGAUAAUGCCAGUUGUUUAUCUGCCGGAAACGAUUCUUCCAGAGGACACAAAAUCUAAGACGUGGACAGCCUUUGACUGAACUUGGACUGUGGCGCUUUAACAUCUUCCAACGACAUUAACGAAGAUGAACCGGAUGGGAGAAAUAACAUCAUCGAGGAAUUGUACAUAAACUAAAAUAAAAUAUUAUUUAAUGAAACCACUGCCAUACGGGGCUAUCAAGCAAUUAUUUGUAGUCAAGAUGGAACAAAGGCAUUUCAUUAAUAAAUGCAAUCUAUGUGUAAAUAAAAAUGUUUGAUAAAUUUGUAAAUUUGUUGACGAUUGUUGACGCAGU